ACUAACUGAUGGGGCCGACAAAAGACUAUUUGCACCAAGAGUUCGUCUAUGAGAACGUAAUGUAUUCAGUGCAGCGUGGGUUUCCCUGGUCUGCAGUGGCACAAAUAGCAAGUAUGACUAAAGAGCUCCUCCAUGAUCUUAAAGGGCUGGAGAAAUCUGAAGUCAUUUCCCUGAUCCAGAGACACUUGGUGCAGUGCCAGCUGCCACUCCCUCAUGCUCAGCAGAAAGCCCUCCAUGACUUCAUCAUGGAGACCUGUGUCUGUCACCAUCGCCUUUACCAGGCUUUUUUAAAUGGAGAGAUAAACCUCAAACACACCCAUUCCCACCUAGAGAUCUGUGCUCCACCAUGCCCGCUACCACUGUGUGAGGGAACCGAUGUGGCCACAAUGGAGAAGCAGCAGGUUUUAAGAGAACUGAAGGCAGCAGACGCUGAGAAAAUGUCAGAAAUCCACCGACUCAAAGAGCAGGCCAAGGAACAACUGACUGCUGAGCUACAAGCCAGUCUUGGAAAAAAAGUUCACUGUAAGACAGACUAAGCAAACAGGUAAAUAAGCAUGUACCUCUUCAUGACUGUAAAGUACUACUGUAAAGGUGUGUAGGGAGAGACACAUUGUGUUCAAUGGUCAGCCAAUAACAUGCUAUUCAGUGUAAGGUUAAAUGCUGGUGAAAAAUAGAAUAGGACUGUGUUUUCUCAACUUAGGCUAGGCUAGGCAAGCCAAGUGUACCCACCAGGCAUUUUUUUUGCUCUCAGUAUCUCUGCACCAGGUAUUCAUUGUACUUGUUUGCUUCAUCCACAUGUAUUGGGAGCUGGGCAAAAUGCACACACUCUUUUGGGGACAAAUGACUGGGCUGAGAAACACUGAUCUCAG